UACUAGACUUACCAGCUGACGCUCACUAGACUUACCCAGAGUCAGAGCUAAUCGACCAAAGCAGAGCUCGUUCUCCAUCGCCGGGAGGAGGAUCGAUGGCGUUCAUGCGGUACCGUGGUCUGCCGCAGGGGGAGCUUACCGCGGAGGAGUUCUGGGCGUGGCUGGGGCAGUUCGACGCGGACCACGACGGGAGGAUCAGCCGUGAGGAGCUUCAGCGGGCGCUGCAGAGCCUGAACCUGUGGUUCGCGUCCUGGAAGGCGCGGGAAGGGCUGCGCGCCGCCGACGCCGACUGCGACGGCGCCGUCGGCGGGGCGGAGGUCGGCCGGCUCUUCACCUUCGCGCAGAGGCAGCUCGGGAUCAAGAUCACCCAGCUCGGCUCCUACUGAUUUGAUCAGCUCGACGUGAGUUGAUUUGCCGCUGUACCUAUGGUCGAGUAGGUGUAUUGAGAUCGGUCCCAGAAUGUGGAAGUGUGGAGUAUGAGAUGAACGUUUGUACUUUUGAAAUCCCUUUUGGUAAACCUUUGCGGAGGUUUUUUUUUUGCA